GAUAAAACGACUGUCAUGUUUUGGUUGGUGUUCAAGUUAAGCCGCUGCGCCAUUUCGCAAAUUUGUUCGGAAACCUGUUAAAUAAAGUUACUGUUUGAAAAUAUGGCGGCGCCUAUGUUGAAGGUUGCAGCUGGUGGCCUUUUCCGGCGUGUGCACUGCCUGAGCCCCGCGCUGCGAGCCUAUUCGGCCGCCGGACCCCCGUCCCCCGGUAUCCCCGGAUCCUUGUGGCGACUCGGUAAGCUCAACCAUGUGGCCAUCGCCGUGCCGGACCUGGAGAAGGCGGCGUCCCUGUACCGCGACGUGCUUGGCGCCCAGGUGAGCGCCGUCGUCCCCCUGCCGGAGCACGGCGUCUGCACGGUGUUCGUGGAGCUCGGCAACACCAAACUGGAGCUCCUGCACCCGCUGGGGGAGAAGAGUCCCAUCGCAGGGUUUCUAGCGAAGAACAAGUCCGGAGGGAUGCACCAUAUUUGUAUCGAGGUAGAUGACAUCGGUGCUGCCAUAGUGGACCUUAAGGCGAAGAACAUCAGAACCCUGUCAGAGCAGCCUAGGAUUGGAGCUCACGGCAAACCCGUUAUGUUCCUCCACCCAAAGGACUGUGAUGGUGUGCUGGUGGAACUGGAGCAAGCCUAGAUUUUACCCAGCCGAUAUGACACUCUAUCACUCAGUCCCCAAACACAGAUACGUCAGCACAUUCCUGACAGGAUGACACUUUGGUGUGGUACGCAAUAAAUUAUAUUAGAAAUGAAUGGUUGUAAUAAUCUAGGGUGAAAAGGAAUUAUUUCUUUUGGAAAAUGUAAAAAAGUGGAUGGUAAAGAACUGAAGUUGGAGGUAUAGAAUGUUAUACAAUUCAGGUAAAAGCAAGUUAUAAAUUGUAUUGUUCUAAAGUAUAUCUUCUAUAGCUAUGUGGAUUUAAAUGUAUAAUGUGUUCAUUUAUAAUGUGUGUAAUUUGUUCAUUUUACUAACUAAGCUAGAAAGUGUGGGAACACUAGGAACGACUUUUUUUUUGUUCCAACUACACUGUCAGAAAAAUCAGAUACACUUGAUCAGUGGUGCAACAAUCUGGAAAUUUUGCCAGAUACCGAUAACCAAUAUGUUGUAGUGAAUCUGAUGUUGGUGAUGUUACUCCUUCAGACCUCUUGAAUAUGUGUAACACCCACACCAUGUAAUGCAGACAGUCAGGGCCGGUUAACCCACUAAGCCAGCCAGUUUCACUUGCACCUGGCAGCCUGCAUUGUGGGGGAGGGGGGAGCUGCCAAAGAGACGUGGGUGUGGGGAAAUAAAGCGUCACAAGUGAA